AGAACUGCUACAAGAACUGUUGAAAGUCCUCUUCCCUUUGAUUCAGACAAUAGAAUUUGUGGGCAAAUAACCAUAAGAUCUUACUUUGACGAAAGCUAUCGAAUACUUUAAAUACCAUGCUUAAAGAUCACGAUCGUGGCCGAUCCAGACAAGGCAGUUCCAGAGGCAGCCGAUCCCACAAUCACUCACGCAGUCGCUCACGAAGUCGCUCACGCAGCCCACGAAAAUCGAAAUCACGCUCUUCCCAGUCGUCUUCUCGUCGGCAUCGGUCGAAAAGUCCAGAAGAACGCAGUCGACAUCGAUCCCGGCAUCGUAGCAGAGAAAGACGAUCGUCUCGAGAAAGGUCAAGGCGGUCAUCAAAACGAAGCCGGUCCCCUCAUCAAAGCUCCUCAGAAUCAUCCUCGAGCGACUCGUCAAGUGAUUCAGAAGAUAACCGCAAAUCGCGACGAGAUAAGAAGACCAAGAAGACCAAAAAAGAUAAAAAACAUAGUUCACGGAGACGCCGGUCGCAUAGUGAGGAGGAGGACAGAAGAAAUCCCAUCACUGGCAAAAAGAUUAAGCUGAAGGUACACAAAACAUCGGACGACAAAAACCGAGACUCCAAUCGCUCACAAUUGUUACAGUUCCUGAACUCCACGUUUUGAUCACACGAUACUCCAGUUACAUGCAAUUAUAUGGUUUAUUGUUUGGUCUGUCUUGUCCAAAAAAAAAGAAAGGAGGAACGACAAACACAAAUGCUGAAAUAAAAUGAAUUGAAAUGAGAAGGGUUUCAUAUGGGAUACGUACGAUGUGUAUCGUUACCCAAAGUGAGGAGGUAUCAUGGCUAUAAGCUUAUAGCAGGUCCCAUCGUUUAGCCAUAUACAUGCUGACGAUGACAAAUAAGACCAUAGCACCAACGAUAUAGGUGAAGAAAGUGUAGUCAUGGUUAUUCACACCAGGUAUCUAGAAUGACAGAUUAGCAUAGUAUACACCAACAAUUUGAUAUAGCGAUC